UUGAACGAUCACGACAUGACUGUUUAAAUGUUAAGUGAUGGAGGCAGACGUCCGCAGACUGUGAUUCACUCUUAAGGAGGGGAGAGCGAGAGAGGCAGGGAUAGAGAGAGAGAAAGAAAGACAGAGAAAGACAGACAGAGAGAGAGAGCUUUGGUUCAGUCUCUCUUCUCCUCUCCAGGCUCCCCCACUGUUGAAAGCGCGCAGGGAGGACGGAGGCAUCAUGGAGCGGAUGGAGUCCAUGGAGCCGAUCUCGGCGAACUACACCACGGCUUACCCGGAGAUCCAGCCCGACAGCGGCUACGGCUCCGGAGAGACCGAGAGCCAGGCGAAGACUCCACCAGCCCCGACGUAUGACGAGGACUUAGUGCACAAGACAAUCCUGGUCGGGGACAGUGGAGUGGGAAAGACGUCUCUGUUGGUGCAGUUCGAUCAGGGCAAGUUCAUUCCUGGCUCCUUCUCUGCAACAGUGGGCAUUGGAUUCACGAACAAAGUGGUGACUGUGGACGAUGUAAAGGUCAGACUACAGAUUUGGGACACAGCAGGACAGGAGAGGUUCAGAAGUGUGACACACGCAUAUUACAGAGACGCACACGCUUUACUCCUCCUGUAUGACAUCACCAGCAAAUCGUCUUUUGACAACAUCAGGGCAUGGCUAACAGAGAUCCAUGAGUAUGCGCAGAGCGACGUAGUCAUCAUGUUGCUGGGCAACAAGGCCGACAUGAGCAGUGAGAGAGCGAUCAGGAGAGAUGAAGGAGAGAGGCUGGCCAGGGAGUAUUCAGUUCCCUUUAUGGAGACGAGUGCCAUGACCGGAGUCAACGUAGAGCUGGCCUUCACCGCUGUGUCCAAGGAGCUGAAGCACCGAGCCAUCCAGCACCCCAGCGAACCAAGUUUCCAGAUCCAUGAAUACAUAGAAGCACGGAAGGAGAAGUCAGGCUGCUGCAGCUACUUCUGAAUCUCCAGAGUCCUCCUCCAUACACUCUGCCUGAACAGACUGCUGAGUAGGAGGAUGUCCUGUUAACUCACUGCUGCUCCCAAAAUAUGAUGGUGCCAUUCACCCAAGACAAAAAGCCAAAAGAAGAGCAGUGGAGGACGAACCAAGCUACAAACUCCAAAAACUGCUGAGAGCAGUUUCUCCAAUACUUUAGACUGAUUUGUAUCAUUAUGAUCAAUAUAGAUCAUUAUUAUCUACUGAAUAUUUGUAGACAGUUGAAGCAAAGCCUUACAGUAUGCUAUUUGCUUUCUAUAGGAGAGUGAGAUGAUGAGGUCAAUACAAUUUCAUAGGUCAACUAGUUUAGCAUAUACAGAAGGUAGAAGUACACAUCUAGCCUAGAUAUCCCACUGUCUUUUCUUAUCACACCUGAACACAUGUCAACGUGAUAAGAAUUACUAAGAUGACCAAAAAUUCCUUUCAUGUGUUCUUUGAAUUCUAAGUUGCAGCCAGCCACCAGGGGGUGAUCAAGAUCAUUUUGCUUUACUUAUGAGGAGCCAUCAUGUCGACCAUCUUUAUAUACAAUCAGUGGUACAAAUACAUUUGUUCGAUACUUACAGGUAAUUCAAGUAAAUUCAUGGUAUUCUCGUAUCACUAACGUCAGCAUGCUAUCAUGUUCAUAAUGAUGAUGCUAGCAUGUGUGAUACACAAUAAAAGGGUUACCAUCUUUUGUUUUGCAUGGUGAUAUGCUAAAAUGUACUAAUAACCACGAAACAAACAAUACAGCUGAGGUUGUUAUAGGAACACUUGCAAUCACAGUCUAUUCUCAGGGAAUAUGAAUUUCUGAAUCAAAGUUUUAAUCGUCUUUGUUGAGACAUCUCAGCAGAAAACACAGGUCAACAUUAACUUUAUGGUGGCGCUGCAUCCUCUGAUGAGCAUGAACAUCUGCACACAUUUCCAUGUUAAUUGGUAUUUGUUGUUCCUAACACUGCUAAAAAAUACACCUACAGCUACAUGUAGGCCUGCCACAAUUUUUUUCUUGCUGUGUACAUGUACACAGUCACUGCUCAGUUGUUCAAGAAUGAAAACUAUAAACUUCCUUUUUUACAUUUGUUUUUGUUAGAGGAGAUAGAGGAAAUUGAGUAGAAGUGUUUAGUCAUAUUUUAGACAAGGGUAGGAUGCUAGCUGGUGUGGCAAUAUGAGUAGUAUUAACCUUGUCAUCUAACGCUCAGCAAGAAAGCAAAUGAGGCUGUUUUCCAACAUGUCAAACUAUUCCUAUUUAUUAUUUAUGCAAGAUCAUUUUCGUUGAUAUUUUUUGAUCAUUCGCCUUACAAAGUCACUGCCGCACCACCAUCGUUGCUGCAUCCUUGUGUGUCAUGUGACCAACCAACCAAUCCAGACAAAGGCCACACACUGUGUCAUGGAUUCCGAUUCAAAGCCAAGUGUGUGGACACAAGCCCUGCCUGUCCGUGACUAAAUCACACUGCUCCAUUCUUCAGAAACUCCUCCAUAGGUGACAGCUGGAGAAAAUGCUGAUGUGUCAAUGAUGAAAAAAAAUGUUUUGGUCACCUGACAUGUGGAGGAUGGAAGAUUGCUUCAUAAAACUAAACUGAAUAUGAGAUACAAUAAUCUGUGGUUGGAUUUCGGAUUUUGUCCUUCAUUUCGGAAACACCUAUGUAUUUGUGAGUGAGUCAACAGACUUUUGAUAAAUGUUUUGUUAACAUGUUGGCUGCAUUGUUUUCUCCUAAAAUGUAUAUUUAUUUAUCUAUUUAUUUAUUUCCGUUUGCAUGUUUGCUGGAUUGCAUGUAGCAGAUCUGUGUGCAUUGCCUCCAGAACAUACAGUAUUAAAAUCUAUUUAUAUUUACAUCAAGAUUAACAUAGAAAUGUGAACAAUUAAUGUGGAUUCCUAAUCAUAUUUCAGCUCAGGGUUCUCAGGGUUACAUUUUGUUUUGAAAUACAAUAUCUCGUGCAUAACAAGACCACCUAUUAAAGCUGCAUACUUUAAUAAGUAUUUAUUUAGGGUUGAAUAUCUGGCAACAAUGUGGGUUUGAUCUUCAUGCUCUCUUUUUGGUCAGCACUAACUCCUGAGAUACCUGGUUCUUUGGCUGCUGUGUGCUAUGCUUUGCAGCUUUGUCUGUCUGCCAGACGCCCGAACAUUUACAAAACAAUUCCACACAUAUUCAUUUCCACCAGUGGUUAUAUACAACUAUUGUUUGGUGCAGAUCCAAAGCACUGAUGAUGUCACAGGAAGGGUUUCAUGUUUAAAAAAAGCAUGUUUAUGAACUUCCUUUUGACAACGGUAUGCAAUGCUCUUCUGCAAAUAUUUGAUAUUGAUCGAUAAUUGUAUGCUUUUUGUCAGCUCUGGGCAGCUCAGGUCUAAUACACUUUAUGAUCUACAAUGACUCAGAUUAUGAUAUGAUAGACUUUGUAUGCACUGAACAGUUGUUUGUUGUCGGGCCACUAACUGCUACAAGUUAUAUUUGAUGUGUUGUAUGCUGCAGAACAAAUAAAUUAUUUUAACUGAA